CUCGGGGUCCUAGCCGUCAGGAAGUGCUUCCUGGCAUCCAAUGAUUGUCUAGCAAAAACGCAGAGUGGGAGGAGUAGGGAGGCAGAGAUCAACAGUGCUGCUUCUCCCACUUUACAUAGGAUGCCCAUAAUCCAUGUUUGGAUGUUUAUGGGCAGUUUGAUUGUGACCUGCAUAACUGAAAGCAUGCUUCCAAGCAAUGGACUAGAUUAGAAAUGAGUAACCUUCCUCCAGUGCAGCCUAGAGAGAUGAAGUUACUGUUGCAUAAAUGGCAAAGGAGUAUAAGUAUUGUAGGAGGAAUGAAAAUGCUGAUGAGUUAAUCCUAUCAAUGGCCAUUGGUAAUCACCUUCGCUUUAGCAGUAGAAGGCAUGAAGAUAGUCUCGCCCCUUGUUCUCCUGGAAUGGUUUGCUUUAAAUAUACUAAUAUGUCCUUCCUCUUAAAAGAGCAGAUGACUCUUAAAUGCUUGUUUACAUCAACAUCUUACCUUGAAAAUACUGGACUACAGAGGAAUAGCACCAAGAGUACGUUAAAAACCAGUCAUGUAUCAUGGGCUUUGCAAUUAUUAGUAUGUUUAGGCUUUUUAAUUUUUACCCAAAGGAAAAAAUAACUGAGGCAGCACUGAAAUCAUGUAUGUACAUGGGCUGUUGCUGAAUAUUUUGGCAUCUGAUUUUCAUAUUUUUUUUACUCCACUAAGUUUAAGCUGUUUUUAAUGUGACUCUUAACUUGUGUCUCAGAAUCACAACCAUAUGUUGAGUUCACAGAUGCUUUUGCAGAUGUCCAAGCACUAGUCUAACAAACUUUACAUCUCCUUUGGUGCAUUGCUGAAGGUCGUAGUAACAAAAGUCUGCAGAGCUUUUAAUUACACAGGAACAUGUUUUCGUAUUUAUGAGGACAUAAAAUAUGUAGGAGACAAUGCAGCCAAAGGUAAGCACCUCAUGGUUCUGUCAAUUUAAAUAGGAGAACUAUGUACAUGUUUACAUCCUGCAGUCUAGUCAUUGGGUCCUUUAAAAUACUUACCUUUUAACUGCUUUGCUAGUAGAAAGGCAUUUAAGAAUACAGGAGCUGCAUCUAAUAAGAAGAAAGAGCCUGGGCCCCCUGUAUUGCCCCUGAAGCACUUCUCUAGCCAGUUUGAAAAAGAGUAUAUCAUCUCAAACUGCAGUGCUUUAGUCACAUUCAAGAAAGGCCUUCUCUUUGGCCUUACAUAUGCACUUUUACCUGCUGUUUAUGGAUUUCUGAAGAUUUCAUGUAGUAUAAGUGUUAUAUCCUGGAUAUGCUAUACUGGCUGACAUUUUUUUAAAAAUAGGUACCCCUACUCCCCUCUAUAUUUUACCCUUUUUUCAGAGUUCUACAAGUUCUUAAGAGGUUUGCCAGGUAUGACAUAAAAUGUUUAGCUUUCUCUCAAAGUAGAGGAGAUAAAUUACAGUAACAAUUGAUUUUUGCCAUGUUACAGCAUUAGUAAAAUGUAUGUUUUGCAAUAAUAAUUAUGUGCUAUUAAUAUUUAUGUCCCUCCGUGAAUUUCACCAAGAUUCCUGUACUAGCACAAUAGGAGGAAUUUAUGUUCAUACCAGUCAUCUUUUUUAGAAGAAGGAAGAAAAACUGUUCCUCAUUGUUCACCAUCUCUGAGAACAUUUUGUUCAUAUUAUUUGCAAUUAGACAGUUUGCAUCUGGAAAGAGCAGCAUAGGAAUGAGCACUCAAAUGUUGGGAAAAACCUGGGGAUGUAUGUGUUAGAAGGUCCAUUAGUAAAAAAGGCUUGAGCUUGUCAGUUAUAUCAGUGGUCUCUCCAGAGAAACUAAGGGAAGGCUGUGUCUUCUUGCUUGAUUUAAUUCAGUUUUCAUCUGUUAAUGGGGUAUCACUGAGGGCUGACAAUUCAAAUAUCAAAUUGGAAUUCUCCUUGUCCGCAGAUCUAUUCAAUUGAGUAGCAACUCAAACUUGCCAUUUUAAAUGUGUGAACAUGCUGGGCUGCUUGCUUCUGAGGAAAUUCAAUAAUCCUUGUGGUGAUUGAACAGAUAUUGAUGGAAAUGCAUUACCUGUUACUAAGGUGCCCCUGUAGUAGCUUUUUGCAAUCUGGUGCCCUUUGGUGUCCCACAAGUCCUGCCUUCCCCAGCAAGCAUGACCCACAAAAGGAGUUCAACACAGUUGAAGGGCAUCAGGAUAGGGAAGGCUGGCUUACAUUCCAUUCCCAAAGAGGAGCAUUAAACAAUGACUUCACUUAGGCUUCAGUGCAAAGUACACUAGCUUUCCCUAGAACAUGUGCCUGGGGAAGAAGCUGGAGCAAGAAUGCCAUAACUGAAAUAUAAAGUGAUGUUCCAAUAUAAAUUUCAGGAACACUGCAAAAUAAUCCCCCCACCCCAACACACACUCACUAGUUAGAGGUGGUUGCUUUAAUUGGAAGCACUUUUUAACAACUGGGACUAUAACAAUGUAAUUUUGCUUCCUGUAAUUAAAAGCAGGUAUAGAUAAGGAAUUAAUUGUGUGCUACUUAGAAAUUUGGAUUUUUAAAGUAAAAUAGCUGAUAGAAUGACACUAUCCUAAUAUAUACAUGCUGUUGCUAUUUUUAAAAAAGGCUCCAUCCUUUAAAAAGUAGCAAACAAAAAUUAAGUAAGAUCUGAUUGUUUCUAGGCAGAUUAGAGCAGUUUAUUUUCAUCAGUUGAAAAGGAAAUGUCUAUGAUUGGAAAGCGGAAUGUAAAAUACAUUCAUAAUACAGAAAUCACAAAAUUGGUUCUUUAGAUAGAAAAACUUCCAUUAAGUUAAUGUAUCUGAUUGAGGCAUUGGUUUAGUUUAAAGAUUUAGGUUGCAAUCCUAUGUAUAUUUAGAAAGAAGAAUGUUCAUGCUGGCUCAGGAACACAGAGUUCCGUGUUCUGUCUAAAACAUUUGUAGAAUUACAGCCUGAGACUGCAGUCCUCUAUAUACCUGGAAUGUUCCCAUGGAACUCUUGGACUAACUUCCCAGUUGGCAUGCAUAGGAGUACACUAUAACUAGGACUAUUGCACUUCUUGCCAGAUUAUGUGAUCCUAACUGAAUUGCUAUUUAAGAGAAAUUCAGUAUUUACAUUUAAAAAUAAUUUGUUUUUAAACUUCAUAUUUACCUUUAAAACAUUUUAUCCACCCUAGCAGUCUGUAGGUUUGUAGUCUGUAGUUUCUAUGUCUGCAAACUAACAUUGCAUCCUGUGAAUAGCCUUGCAUCAUAACAUCUCCUCCUGUUUCCCCUGGGCUACCUGUUUCAUUACAUGUCAAUAUUGCUCAUUAACACUGCAUUGAGGCAGAAGCUUACUCCACUAUGAAUAUACAGUGCUAUCCUACACAUGCUUACUUAGAUGUAUGUCCAUUGAGUUUGAAUGAGCUUACUCUCAAGUAUGUAAACAUAGGGUUGCAAUUCCAGUGUUAAACUAGAAGUGGAGUAAAAGGUACCAAAAGGAAGUGGUAUGUGCAAGUGUGCAGCUUUGGCACUGCAGCCCCUGUUCCUGUCAUUGCCAACCCUGCUCAAUUCUUGACUAGACUAGCCAUGAGCAGUGUGGAGAAUGGUAAAGCUGUGUGUGCUUGACAUUCAAUGAAACCUCUGUCUGGGAGCAAGUUGAAAUUGUAUAUCUGAAGAGUAAUGCUCUUUGUAGCAUAGUAUGUAUUGCAGGGGUGGGAAACCUCUAGCCCUUGAGAUGAUAUUGGACACUGAUUCUCAUCAGCCUCAACAGGCAUGGUCAAUCAUCAUGAGAGAUGACAGUUGUAGUUUAGCAAUAUCUGACCACAGAUUUUAUACCCCUCCUGUAGUGUAUCAUCAAUUAAGCGUAGGAUGUUAUUUUCCCUUUACCUAUUCCAAACCUUGAUUAUAGAGAUCAGGAAGAUUAAACUUGUAGAUAAAUAAUUAGUUUCUAUUAUAAUUUAUUCUUUAUUAAAUUGUUGAUCAACUUUGCAAUUCAGUCAUAUCACGUGUUCUCAACCAGGUUCACUCAUUCAAAUGAAUUGAUAUCAACAUCAGUGUAUAUAAAAUAAUCACAAUGCUUUAAAGACUGAAAAAUGAAAUAAAUAAAAUGAUAUAUAUAAAUCUAUAUAGAUUUUUAAAAGAGGUCUCAAGAUUCCACUUUAUGCUUUCAAUAUCUUGUCCCACUCUAAUGUGAUCAUGAGAUUAAUCAAGGAUUGUGGUGUGUAAAUAAGAGCAAGUUUGAUUUUUAAUGGCUGGGGUUACUUACUGGUAUCUCUGAGUGUGCUUUCCCCAACCCCAGUAUGAUGGCUAUCAUUCAUUCCAAUGAAAAAAGUAAACUCUAGCCUUCAUCGAUCUGAUACUGUUUAUCACUCCUGAAGUUGAAAAGGUUAACUAACACCAACAGACACACAAUGAGGGGUAUAAAUGUCCAUUCUGAAGUUAUGGAGGAGCAAUGUUUUAAAUACCUUCCACUCCCUGAAGACCAAGAAACGUUUGGGAGGGGGAACUGGGAACCUGAACACUGCUUCUUUCCUCACCUGCAUCCCAAACAGAGUUCACAUUUGAGGUGAGGUAAUUCUUUACUGUCUUCAUGGAGCCCAUGUUUGGUUUUGGGAAAAUAGAGAGCAGGGCCAUAUUUAGUAAAGCUCUGGUGGAGUGGUUGCCUCAGUGAUGAAUGUCAGAGGAGUACAGCUGAAAUUCUUCAUCCUCUGACACUCUUACAUCAGUCAUUAGGUUACUAGUCCAUUUGAACCAGUUGUGUAUACUCUGACUGGUAGCCACAUUCCAAGGUCUCAGUAGAAGUCCUUGAUCCCUGUUUUUAUUUUUGUUUUAAUAAGCAAUAAUAGGGCUGAGCUGGGGAAAUCACCUAUAUUAAACAUAAGCUGUGCCUGAGCAUAUCUUUCCCAAUAACCAUAUGAGCUUAUCUACAAUAUUAUUGUGAGUAUAUUAAGGAUAGUGGAAGAAUGGUGUACUCUAACUCUAUCAAGGGCUUCUUGGAAAAAAGCCAGGCUAUAAAUUAACAAAUAUAAUUGCUAAUAUACAUAUAAAACUGGCUUGGAGAGUUUCAUUCAUUCAUUCAUUUAUUGAAGUUAUAAAACUGCAGCCAGUAGUCCCAAACAGGACUCCCAUCAUUCUCUAGGACAAAUUUCUCUAACCUAGUGCACUCCCAAUAUAUUGUCCUACAACUCUCAACAUCCCCUCAUCAACAGAGGAACCCAGGAUAUGAUAAUGCAGAAUUGUGCUUAAUUCCUAAUAGCUUCAAAAUAGACAUUGGAACGAAAUAAGCAAGCUAAAAUCCAGAAACAAGAUGUGAAGGGGGAUAAGAUAGCUGUUCUGAGAAUUUUGUAAAUUGAGGUAUAGCAUAAAAAUGACAAUUCCUUGCCAUCCAAAGUCAUAGAGAUAACCUAUUUGCACAAAGGUAUUUUGGUUUAUACAGCACAUUGGCCAAACAUACAGAACUUGUUCAAACAGUACCAACCAUGAUCAGACAUAUAAAUAUGAAAUUAAACAUUGCAAAUCAGUGUUGACCUACUAGGAAUAUGCCAAUUUUUAUCAAGUUAAUAGAUAUUUUUAGUAUGCUAGAAAUUACCAUAUAUCCAUUGCUAGUCAUAUUCAGCACAUGUUGAUUGCAAAAAUACAUUUCUUGCUAGUAAAAACAUAAAGCAAUUCAGCUAAUGCCUGUCAAAGAGUUGAAUGUUCAGAAGAUGGAGUUUUUCACCCUUGUAUCGCUGGGUGAGUACAAACACAGUGCCAGCUGUCUGUAACUGAUUGAGGGUUCAAAAUUAAAUGGUAGAAAUGUUUAUUCCCAUCCUUGCCCCUGCCAUAUCUUUCUUCUAUCUUUCCCAGCUCUUCCCUCCUUGUAGUUAUAUCAAACUUGAUUUGAAAUCAUAAGGAACAAACUUUGCUUAUUGCUAGAACAGAUGCAUUACUGAGCUAUGGUUAUGGGUGAGAAUUCAGGCAUCGUAAUUGAUUCACAUGAUUACUGUAGGUUAAACAAGCCAUGGUGUCAUCUUAAAGUUGUGACAUGUGGACACCUAAUCAUCCACCUGGGUGCAAAUUGUUUGGUUGACUGGGUCUGGGCAGCAUGACUCUUUGGAGGAGAAACAGCCCUCAAACAACCCAUCAGCAGCCCAUGGGUCUCUGCUAUACACCACUAAACACUUAAACAAGGCACCACAGUAGACAAAGGGUAGAAGACUAUCUGCAUUUGAGAGUGGGGAGGGUAGCAGAGAAGUAAGCACACACUUCUGUAGCCCAGCCCUUAUAGGAAAGUAAGCAGAGGUGAACUACAAAGCAGAUACCAAAGGAUAAUGCAUAUAAGUGCAUUUCAGCAAAUGCCUUCAAAUGUCCCAGUGUAAAUCUCAAUAGACAAACCCCAAAUCGAUGUAAGACCAGCAGCAUCAUUAUGAAUGAUGCAUUGCUAAUACAAAUCAAUGUAAAAUUGAUAAAACCCAAAGUACAAAAAUUAACAUUUGAUUUGAACACUAGAAUUGCAUCAUUGUAAAGGAACAUUUACAGCAGAUUUAUAAAACAGAUAAUUACUAAAUUUUAAAUGAAAGCCAUAUAUAUCUGGCAUGGAAAGGAUUCAUAUUUCCAGACUAAAUAGGUAAUGGUCAAAAUAGUGGUUAUGUCCACUACAUAGGAAUAUACAUCUAAAUAUAAGCCAAAACAAUGGGGCUAACUUGGAUACAAGGAGAGGGAGGGUCAAAGCUCCUCUUCCAAACCCUUCUCCCACCCCACCCCCUUUCUAUUUACAAACUCCUGGGGGAGCGGGGGCAAAUAGAGCAGUGGUAUUUACAGUAAGAAUGGUGCUUAGUUGAUCCUUCUAACUGGAGGUGUCAAAGGUUGGACCCUUCCAGGGCUGUAGCAAGUUGAAAUGUUUUUAGUCCCUUUUGUCAAGUAAAAGUUAAAACAGGGUAAGCUCAAACUCAGGAAGUCCCUUCAGUACAGUUUUAAACAUGUAAACCCAUCUAUUUUCCAUGCUUCCUUCCAUCAUGAUGUGUGUUGCAAGAAGAAAUUGCACAUUUUACAGAUUUGUGUAUGUCGAGAGUAAAGGUUUUUAGGUGAGAAGCUUCAUAUACACACUUAGCAGCCUCACACACUUCUUAGGCACUUCUACUGGUGGGAGAAUGGGGGAAACAGUUUUUAGCGAUUCUUCCACCUGCAGUGCUGAAAAUCUGGAACAGUAUAGGAGAUGGCAAAGGGGCCUGCAAAGGGGAAAGGUUAUAAUGAAAAUAAUCUUUACUUUUUAUUUUUCCAGCUGAAAUGUCUGCUGGAUUGGAGUCCCUUCUUCAUUUGAAAAGAGCUCUUCAGUUCAUGGAGCAUUAGUUAAGCUGUCUCAUGUAGUUAAACAUUAAUUUUCACACUGACAAUUCAUUUCAUUUUAAUAAAAUAAACAUUUUAUUUUGAUGUAUCUCAUAUUUGAUUAUGAUCACAUUGCAUUGACAUUGUGACCAGUAAGGCAUUCUGUACUCAUUACUCAGAAAUUAAUUUCCAGCACUGAGAUGUUAUAUAAAUAAUAGCUGAACUUACAGAAUUCUGUUACCACUGAUUAAGGCUGUAAUUUUAAGCCUAUUUUCCUGGGAGUAAGCCUAAUUGAACUAACUAGAGUUCAGUUUACCUCCCAGUAAAUAUACAGAGUAUUGUGCUGUAAGUGACUCAAGAAGCACAGUUGCUUUUUUAAAAAAAGAAUUAUCUCCCCUCCCCUCCGUAUUUCUUUAUUGAGCCUCCUUGUUUCCUUUGCAGUGUUGGACCAUUUCUGCAGUUCCAACAGUUAGUGCCCUUUCUUUCCCAUGCUUUUUCAACAGUUAUGGCCAUUCAAGAAAGAGCAUCUCCAGCAUCUCCAUCUUGUCAGAUUGGGAAAAAGGAAAGCAAAUAUGCUUCCCCAUGUUAUUUUUAUGUACACUUUGUGCCAAGAUUUGAUUCUGAAAUAUUUUGGCACAGUGCUUUUCAACUAUUUAGGAAAGAGAAGGAAGGAAAAAGAUCCAUCAGCAUGAUGUGCUUUCUAGGGCUUUGUAGAUUUUUCAGUCAUGGAGUUAUUAGCCUUGUCUCCAGUUCUUGGUCAGAUCCUGUGACUCUUGUAUUAUGAUGGUCGAGAUGGGUGAAACAACUAUAAUGAAGUGAUUAGCAACAAUUUUUUAAAAUCCCUCCAGAAAAGAUGAGUGCAGAAAGAAAGAAAGCUAUUCUGUCGAUUACAAGAAAAGAAUCGUAGAGGACUCGUGCAGCAAGAAUCUUACAGUUUACUGCAAAGAGAAGACGUUGGAUCUACGAUUGGUCCGAAAAUGGCAAGCAGAUCACUGUGUUUCCCCGAAAAUAAGACGUAGUGUGUUUUUAUGAGCCAAAAAAUAUAUAUAAGACAGUGUCUUAUUUUCAGGGAAACAUGGUACUUUGUACGAAGAGAAAAUGAAAAGCGAGGCAGCAUGCAAGUACAUGCCUCAUUUGAAAAAUUCUGUGAAACUGAAUUUGUUUUCAUAACCUUUUGCAGCUAUGAGGCUGAAAAUAUUUCUUAAAUGAAACUAUGAUUGAAAGUUAACGAUCAAAGGUUACAUUAACCUUUGAUUAAUAGAUCAUAUCCCAUUACAACUAGGUGGCCUAGGGAUGAACCGUUUUGUGGCAGCAAAUAGAGCCUACAGUGUUCAAAGUGGUCUCCUUAGCUUGGGUAUUAGCUCUUGUGAAAGCCUUAUCUUUGUGUGUAGUAUUAAUAUAGGCAUGCAAUGUGAAUUUUGAGUUGCAUAAAAAGCUAUUAAUGUAAUGUAAGAAAUGUAAUGAAUGAUAAUAUUAAGGAUCUGUAUAUUAGUCCAAUAAAUAUAUAUUUCUUGUAUAUUAGUCCAAGAAAAACAAGUCAGAUUCAAAAGCAAGAGAUAGAGACAAUAUCAUCCUAAACAAAAAUCUUUCAUUCUGUGUAUUUUUCAGUUUUCCUUGACAUCUGAAAUCUGAACAGAGUUUCCUAUGAAUACUGAACACUCCCUUUUAAACUUCACAGAAGUUUCUGCUACCUAUUUCUUUCUGCAACCCCCACCUCAAAUUUGGUUCUAGUUUCAGGGGAAAUGCUCAGACAUCUGGUCAUCUUUUCCAUUAAGGGGCUAGUUCAUGUGGUGAAGUCCUUUUGGUUGUGCUGGAAUAAUAUUGAUGCCAGAAGAGUUCAGAUUGGCUCUGAAUAUUAAGCAUUUCAUAGAAAACAAGUCAGUGGUUCAUAAAUAAUUCAGUGUAAUUUGAAUGUCACAUUAAGAUGAAUAUUGUGAAAGGUACCAUGGCAUUCCCCGGAACAGCAAAUCAGUAUACAACAAAAUCAUAAUUGGGCUUUUAUUUCAUGCCAGAAAUUCUUGAUUGGCAUUUUAAUGUAACUCUGACAUUGUGGUUCCAUUUCUGUUACAUGAGUAGUUACGUAAUUCUGUUUUUAUGAUACCUCAAUCUUUCAUGUGACGAACAGUGUUCGUCUUGGGUUUUUUGAAAGAAUAUGCAACACUGGAAGCAAACUUAAACCCAGUGUAUUGGAUACAGAGAAAAGCAUGUGAAAUGGAACUAUUGGAAGCUACCUUUGCCUCUUCUCCCUAUGGAAACUUCUGCAUUCACCACAAAGAGUCUCCCAAGUAUCAGGAAGACAUGCUGAACUCAGGAGACUUUGGUGCAAGAGGGGAGGCAGAUAACUAAAUGACCAUGGAAUCUGGUGCAGAGAACCAACAGAGUGGAGAUGCAGCUGUUACAGAAGCAGAAAACCAACAGAUGACAGUGCAGGCACAGCCACAAAUUGCAACGUUAGCCCAGGUAUCUAUGCCAGCAGCCCAUGCAACAUCUUCUGCUCCUACUGUGACCUUAGUACAGCUGCCGAAUGGGCAAACAGUCCAAGUCCAUGGCGUUAUUCAGGCUGCCCAGCCAUCAGUUAUUCAGUCUCCACAAGUCCAGACAGUUCAGAUCUCCACUAUUGCAGAAAGUGAAGAUUCACAGGAAUCUGUGGACAGUGUCACAGAUUCCCAGAAACGCAGAGAAAUCCUUUCCAGGCGACCCUCCUACAGAAAAAUCUUGAACGACUUGUCCUCCGAUGCUCCUGGUGUGCCAAGGAUUGAAGAAGAAAAAUCUGAAGAGGAAGCAGCAGCACCUGCCAUCACUACUGUCACGGUGCCAACUCCAAUUUACCAAACCAGCAGUGGGCAGUACAGGACUGGUGUUGCUGAUAUCCACCAUCAAUAUGGCAAUGCUGUGCAUGCAGUUGCUAUCACCCAGGGAGGUGCAAUCCAAUUAGCGAACAAUGGUACAGACGGAGUGCAGGGCCUACAGACUCUCACCAUGACCAAUGCCGCUGCAACCCAGCCUGGUACCACCAUUUUGCAAUAUGCACAGACCACUGAUGGACAGCAGAUCCUUGUACCCAGCAACCAAGUUGUUGUACAAGCUGCUUCAGGAGAUGUCCAGACCUACCAGAUUCGCACAGCACCUACAAGUACCAUUGCACCUGGUGUCGUCAUGGCAUCCUCCCCAGCACUUCCCACCCAGCCAGCAGAGGAAGCAGCACGAAAGAGAGAAGUCCGUCUAAUGAAGAACAGGGAGGCAGCAAGGGAGUGUCGCAGGAAGAAAAAGGAAUAUGUCAAAUGUCUAGAAAACAGAGUGGCUGUGCUUGAAAACCAAAACAAGACAUUGAUUGAAGAGCUAAAAGCACUUAAGGACCUGUAUUGCCACAAAUCGGAUUAAUUUUAGAUCCUUAUUUUUGAUUUGUUAAUGUGGGAGAAAGACUGGUUUGCUGACAGCCAGAAAGACAAAGUGAACUUUUUAUUUUCUAAACAUUUCUUUUUUUCUACGCGCAAAACUGCCUGAAAGCAACUGCAGAAUUUAAUUCAUCUGUGCUUUUGCAUUAAACUGUGAAUGUUGAAAUACCUGCCUCCACUUCUCCCCCUUCCCAGCCCCAAGUUAUUUUCAUCAGAGUGCAUCCUGAGCGUGAAGAAAAAGAACAGGCUUCCUCAUCUCCCGUCCUCUUCAAGGAGUAACAAUUUAAUUUGUGAAGCUAUUGGGGUGGGGAAAUUUCAUAAUGGUUUCAAGAGUUAGUGCUGAGCUCAUCUGAAUGCCUUAGAGACAGUCACCUCAGCCUCUGCCCUGAAGUAUUUGGUGGGCUGCACACAUGGCCAAGGUAUGAUGCACUGAGAAAUGAUGGUUGCCAAAUUAUUGCAUGGUUUCAAAAAUCAAUUAAUAGUCUGUGCAGUUACAGCUAUGUGGUGGGAUGAUGCCAAAGGAUGUGCAUUUCAGGUAUGCAGUAGCAGGAAUUACAGGAACAUAUAAAGAAGAGUUAGGGAGAGGGCAGGUAGCUUGUCUGUACAUUCUAUCUGGUUUUUUGAAUUUUUUCUCUACUGUAAAGAUAAUGACAUCUGUAAUUGUUUCAUAGAUUCAGUCUUAUGAAUACACAUGAAGAAAUCAGAUACCUUUGAUUAUCGAUGAGGUGUGAACUCCUAGUAGAGUAGGAACAGUAAAAUGCAGUUCAAGUUGAAGUGACCACUUGUAUAAAGAAACAUUAAUUAAAGCAAGUACCAUUUUACUUUGCUCUAUCCAGAGGAGAAAUUAUCCAGAUACCAGCAGAAGCAUAACCAACCCAGUGUAUGUUUGGAGAAGAAAGAAAAACUUUGAGCCAUCCUAAUAAUUGAAAUACUAGUUGAUAAAUCCUUCCCUCCCUUCUUUAAUAUAAUCUCAAAAGGGAGUUGAUAACUCGUUUAAGUACAGAUGACAUGCAUAUUUCAGCACAAAAUAUACCCAACAAGCGUACUUCUGAAACAACUGUUAGCCAAGCAGACAACCAAGUUAAGUCAGCAGAUUUGAGUAGGGCUCUGAGUGAUUUGGAGAACUGCAAAAAUUUAGAUUAAACCCUUCAGAUCAAAAUGUGAUCAAAACCCCUUCUUUGCAAGACUCUUAAAAUGGCACGAUUACAGCAAAGCCCUAGAUAAACAUUAGAACUACCACUGUUUUAUCAAAACAUGUAUGAUUGUUAAGGAGAGGUUGCCCUUCCAGAGUCAAAAUAGGAUCAUUUUGACUGGAGGACAUUAAAUUAUUUUGAGUCUCUAAUCCCAGCAGUUAUGCAAGCCUAGAAGUAAAAUAAAUAUUUCUGAUAGAUAGUAACAGACAUGAAAGGUAUUUUUUAAAAAAAGAGAGAUUUUAUUCAGUGAGUUGAAGAUCUGUAACAAUGUUGAUGCUAGUUUUAUUAAUGAAUAUUCCAUGAAAAUUUUAAAAAAUCCUACUGUUUUAUAUAGGAUCAGAUAACAUAGAAUUUUGUUUAUCUCACAUCACAAAGUACCAAAGUAUCUUUAGAAUUAAGUUUUCAAAUCUAGUUCUAAGCAACCUUUACAAAGCUUCUGUUUAUAAAGACUUGUUUUUCUCCUACUAUUAGUUUAGCAAACAAAGAAAUCUUUAAUGUGUAUAAGCUUUUAUAUCUGGUUUGAAAAUUGCCUUAGGCAAAAUGGACGAGGCAGAAUAGAAAUCUAUAAAUUACCAAAUAAAUAAUACCAUUCUGGAAAUACUUAAUGCUCACAUAAUCUUUUUUAAAAUAUGGAGUUUCUUGCAAAGAUUUUGGAGCAUAGUUAAUUGAUAUUUUAAAGCCACUUUUUAAUCCAUUGCAAAGUUGUCCCCCCCCCCCCCCCGAUAGAAUCAUAUCUCUUUGAUUUGGCAGGCAUUCUUAUAUUGCCAUUCUCGUUGACAUCCAUUGUAUUUGGUGUUCCUGGUUGGGGAAUUUUUUUUAAAGCUUCUACAUAAAACUAUGUUGGAUAAUUUGUUUAAAUUGUAUCAGUUAUGUAAUACUAUUAUAGUUUAUAUGUAACUGUAUCAGGGGCAAAACCACCACCACCAUGGAAAAACAACCGUCACAAUUUUGGCAUCCUCUCUAGUUACUAUGGUAUUUCAGUGGAGACAUGGUCAGCAGAAUGAGUUUUUACAGGGUUAAUCAUACCCUGAACAUGGCCUUUCCACUGCUCAAUUGGUCUAUAAAGGAGGCUUAAUAUAGAGUGCUUGCAGCAUUGCUGUAUCAGCUAUGGCUCUUAUAUAGGUAAAUUCAGGGGUUUCAUUCUGGACUCUUUCACCAGCAAUAAGAUAAUCUUCUAGGAAAAUUUCUCCAGUACUGAGAUAUUUAGGCAACUGGCAUUCCUUAUGUAAUAUAAUUAGGUUUCAUUAACCCAAGUACAGAACUGGCACUGGUUUACUGGUAUGUGAUUUUCAGUUCUAAUAGCCAAAAGAAACAGAAGACAGUGAGAAAAACCCACAUUUUUAUAUUGUUAAUUUAUUGAGUUAAGAGCAAGACUCUGUUAGUCAGCUGUUACAAAUUUAGCCACUUUACUGCACAAUAGAAAUGUUGUUAAAAGAUUAAUGGACAGGCUUAACUGAAAAAAAGUGUAGAAAGGGCUAGCUCCAUUACAAUAAUCACACACAAAAUUGGUUUAAAAUACAGUUAUUAUAUUUUGCUUACCUACACACAUACCACAUAGGCAGUUAAACUAUUGCCCUUGGUGCUCUUCUAACAGAUAUUCUUGGGAAAUGCUUAUGUAUAAAAUAUGUACAUAUAUAAAAAUAUAUACACAGUAUAUAAUCUAUAGCUCUGAGAGCUUCUGAGUCAGGAAUGCUGAGUAUUAUAGUAUAUUGAGAUCUGAAAAUAAGUUUUAGUGUGAGAGAGUGUGUGGUGUGUGUGCAAGCACACACAUGUGUGAGGUUCCUUCCCCUACCCUGCCUCCCUCCAGUACUUUGAGCUACCUUAUUCUGGCGCUUAUUGAUGCAUUGUACUGUUGUUCACUUACACAUUUCAGUUAUUCCACUGCAGUUUGUUGCGGGGGGGGGGGGUUGCUUUGUUUUGUUUUGAGCUGGUGAAUUAUGAAAUGAUCUCAACUGUUUAAAGCUCCUCUGGUUCCCAAGUUCUUCACUUUGUGCUUUGUCUCUUUGGCAGCUAUACACUUAAGGCAAAACCAACUGAGUUAUACGAAGGGAACGAAUGAGCCCUUUUGCUUCCCCCCCCCCCACGUCAGAAAGGGGUUUGCUCAUUUUUUUUAAAAAAAGUGUUGUUUUUAACAGCUUACUCCUGACUUCAACAAUUGUCAGUAGCAUUGCUUGAAUGUGAAAGCACACUUUUGUCCAGAUUUGGUGGUUCUGUAGCAUCUAUUUUAAAAAACCAUAUUCUUACCAGAAAUCAUUAUCAAAAAGAGACCUCUGAACAUCAGUAAGAUUGAUUAUGCCUAAGAGCUGAAACACAUGAUCAACAGCCUUGUGUGAUGUUUAUAGCUGGGCUGUAUCACUGCUGGUGGGGAACUGAAUGUUUUAUUACUUUAACAACUUUAAAAUAGAAAAGACACCAUAUUUAACUCAGGUGUCAGAGAGAGAAGGUUCUAAUACAAUCUUCUCCUUCUGACAUCCAAGUUAAAUAUGUGUGGGAUCCCUUCUGCAUGAAAGGGCAAAACAUUCAGUUGCCCACAUUCAGUCUAAAGUGGUGCAGCUCAGCAGGAAAUAAGACUUGAGGAUGCAAUCAUGUGGCUUUGCUCUUGCUUAAUUUAAGGAGCUCCUAGCAUGCUGGUUGUGAAUCUGUUAUCCAUAUGCAUCUCAUAACUAAUCAGUUGACUCUCAGGAGAACUCCCAAAGGAGGCUAUUCUUUCAGGGGGAUCUGCACAAAGUAGUACCAAAGAUGUAGGUAUCAGUGUAAGUUACAGAAUUCAAUUCCUCCAAAUGCCAAUGGAAAUGCAAGAGGGGAUAACAAUUUUAGGAACAAUCAUGGGGUAAGAAAGAAAAUUAAAUGUCAGUGAUGCCACUUUUUGUAGAAAUGCAUUCUGUUCAGAUACUUUUACCUAGUGAUGAAACUAUAUAACAUAACUAGGUGGGUUUUUUUUUCUUUCAAAAAAGCACAACUGUUUUCCAGUUGCAAAUGAGAAGAAUUGACAUCAGCUGUCAUGUUGAAUCUUUUAAUGUAAAAUGGGCAUAUUUAUAUGUUGCACAUAUCAGUGGUUACAUAUAUUGGACUUAUGGUCAGACUUUGUUGAUCUUUUCAAUCUUCUAAAGUCACUCUAGUAAGUUCUGAAUACAUAGAGAAGCACAGCCUCUUGAGACUGUUAAAUAAGAAGUUAAAUAACAAAAUGGUGCUGAAAUAUUAGCAGUCUGCUGCUAUGUGAUACAUUUAACUUCUGUGUUGAACAUGGCGCCAAAUUAUUACAUGACCUUUUAUAGGAAGAGAAAGAACAACAAAAAUACUUCAACCAGACAUGUAUUUUUAAAAAUAUAUGCAAGCUAUGGUCCGGAGUGGGGCAGCAUUUUUUUUGGCACCAGUCUAUUUUUGGUACUGCACGUGCAGGUCCCUACGAGUAUGAAGUAAACUUCCAUGCCUUCUAAGAACUUGUUUCCAUCAUCAAAAAUUCCUGGAGUUUGUUCAGAAUUGUGAUUGUGAAUCAUUGUACCUUGUCUACAUCUGUAAGGAAUCUCCUGGCAUCUUCUUGAACUUCCUUGCUCACUUUCUCAGGGCCUGUGUACACAUGGUAUUUCGCCAUUUUGUUUCUAUGUCAAGAAGUAUGGAGCAAUGCUUUCCGGGAUGAUAGGGUAAUCUACAGAGUGUCUGUGAGGGGGAUCUUCCACUUACCUCAGUAUAAUGAGUACAUAACUAUGGUGGGUUACAACUAAUUGAUUUCUGGAUAUACUACUGCCAAAAUAAAGUGUCAUGGUCUUAGUUUCACCAUGUAUUUGCAGUGUGUUCUAAGUGCAACUCACUCAUAAUUGCAUACCAACAAUAACAGUUCUUGUUUACUUGUGGGUUCUUCACCCUACCAUGAGCCCAAGGGCCUGAUUAACCUGUUGAUCAUAUAAACAAAUCAGAAAUUGCUGCAAGCUUGAGAGGGGGUUCUUUCAAAAUAACCAUGUAAAUACAGCCUUAGCUAGGUGUGAUAGAUAUGAGGGACAAUCUGUGAGCGAAGGAAACAGGGAUGGAGGAAAAUAAACUCUGUGGGUUGCAAUUAAAAAGGCCAUGAUAAUUAAUGGAAGGAUUUGUUGCAAAACGUUUUCUGCAAGUUUUACUUGAUCCAGGUGCCACUCCAUAUUUGUGUAUUACAUUGGUUCCAUGUACAGUGUAUUGCAUUCCAGUACAUGUCUUGAAAUAAUAAUAACCUACAUGUUAGACCCUCAGGCAUGUUUAUGAUUGGACUGUUUCAUAUAUAGAUGUUCUGGUUUAAGAGGCAACAUAAGCACCUUCUCCUGUAAAAUUCAUUCCUAUUGUAUUUGGAUAUCAAUUUUCACAUUAAGAAUUUGCAAUGCAGAAUUAAUUUAGAAUAAUAUGGGAAGUUUCUGGAGUGGAGAUGGCUAUAUUAUUUUUAUUUAAUGAAGUUUACCCUUCCCCAUUUCUAAUUCUUUACCCCCAAACAAUCAGCACAAAACAGGGUAUUGAAGUUUUAAAAUAUUUUCUCUUGAAAUUAAAUGACUAAGCAGAGAAAUAUGGAUUAGACAUGGAUUAAGUUAAUUUGAAAACUCUCUAUUUCCUUGAAACAUACCUGUUUUAAUUUUGUAAUGUUGUGCUUUCCAUUUUUAAUGUACUGAGUUAUAUUGCAUUUUAUUAACAUCAUGUACAUACUAACUGCUUUGUGUUUCAGGAUGCUAGUAAUUGCUUUGUAUAUUAAAGUGGUCCUUGUGAAUUUGUGAAUUACUGUCAUAACAGUGUUUUUUCUUACUGUAAAAUUUGUGGUAUAAACUGUCAUAACACCCUUUUUACACAAUUAUGUGCAUACACAUAAACCUGCUUUUAAAAUCUU